GGUCUCAGAGCUGCUUCUGCGGCCUUGCAGUCCCCGCGCCCUGCCCUCUCCAUGACUGCCCGUCCUGGGCCCCUCGCUUUCCAGAUCCCGCACCCAGCUGUCCCUUGCGCUCUCUGGAACUCCCUCUGCUCUCCCUGCGAGGCUUGUCCAAGGGCUGACCCCGGGCCUGCCGCCCUUCCCUCGGCUGGGCCAGGGCUGUCCGCAGUCCGCUCUCCCGAUCGGGCUUCCGAAGAAGGGAGGAGGCCGGUUCCGGCCCCGCGGCCCUCACGUGCUUUCCCGGCCGCCCCUCCCGCCCCGCAUCGAGGCAGACAAGCCUGUUCCUCUUCCCUUGGCUGCGAUUGCGACAGGCCGGCCUGGCUCCCAGCGCUCCCUGUCCCCGCCCCGCGGCCAGCUCGCUCCACUCCCACUUCCUGAGCUCCGCCGUGGGAGCCCUGGAGGCCCGGCCUGGCCGCUCCUGGCCCUGGGGUGCACAUCGGCCCUGAGUCCCGUCCCAGGCUCUGGGCUCGGGCAGCUGCCGCCACCGCUGCCCAGGACUUCGGGCCUCCUGCCUUCCUCCCAGGCCCCCACGUUGCUGGCCGCCUGGCCGAGUGGCCGCCAUGCUCCUGCCUUGGGCCACCUCUGCCCCCGGCCUGGCCUGGGGGCCUCUGGUGCUGGGCCUCUUCGGGCUCCUGGCAGCAUCCCAGCCCCAGGUGGUGCCUCCAUAUGCGUCGGAGAACCAGACCUGCAGGGACCAGGAAAAGGAAUACUAUGAGCCCCAGCACCGCAUCUGCUGCUCCCGCUGCCCGCCAGGCACCUAUGUCUCAGCUAAAUGUAGCCGCAUCCGGGACACAGUUUGUGCCACAUGUGCCGAGAAUUCCUACAACGAGCACUGGAACUACCUGACCAUCUGCCAGCUGUGCCGCCCCUGUGACCCAGUGAUGGGCCUCGAGGAGAUUGCCCCCUGCACAAGCAAACGGAAGACCCAGUGCCGCUGCCAGCCGGGAAUGUUCUGUGCUGCCUGGGCCCUCGAGUGUACACACUGCGAGCUGCUUUCUGACUGCCCGCCUGGCACUGAAGCCGAGCUCAAAGAUGAAGUUGGGAAGGGUAACAACCACUGCGUCCCCUGCAAGGCAGGGCACUUCCAGAAUACCUCCUCCCCCAGCGCCCGCUGCCAGCCCCACACCAGGUGUGAGAACCAAGGUCUGGUGGAGGCAGCUCCAGGCACUGCCCAGUCCGACACAACCUGCAAAAAUCCAUCAGAGCCACUGCCCCCAGAGAUGUCAGGAACCAUGCUGAUGCUGGCCAUUCUGCUGCCGCUGGCCUUCUUUCUGCUCCUUGCCACCGUCUUCGCCUGCAUCUGGAAGAGCCACCCUUCUCUCUGCAGGAAACUGGGAUCGCUGCUCAAGAGGCGUCCGCAGGGAGAGGGACCCAAUCCUGUAGCUGGAAGCUGGGAGCCUCCGAAGGCCCAUCCAUACUUCCCUGACCUGGUACAGCCACUGCUACCCAUUUCUGGAGAUGUUUCCCCAGUAUCCACUGGGCUCCCCGCAGCCCCAGUUUUGGAGGCAGGGGUGCCACAACAGCAGAGUCCUCUGGACCUGACCAGGGAGCCGCAGUUGGAACCCGGGGAGCAGAGCCAGGUGGCCCACGGUACCAAUGGCAUUCAUGUCACUGGCGGGUCUAUGACUAUCACUGGCAACAUCUACAUCUACAAUGGACCAGUACUGGGGGGACCACCGGGUCCUGGAGACCUCCCAGCUACCCCCGAACCUCCAUACCCCAUUCCCGAAGAGGGGGACCCUGGCCCUCCUGGGCUCUCUACACCCCACCAGGAAGAUGGCAAGGCUUGGCACCUAGCGGAGACAGAGCACUGUGGUGCCACACCCUCUAACAGGGGCCCAAGGAACCAAUUUAUCACCCAUGACUGACAGUGUCUGAGAAAAGGCAGAAGAAGGGAGGCACAAGGGCACCUUCUCCCUUGAGGCCGCCCUGCCCAUGUGGGAUUCACAGGGGCCUGAGUAGGGCCCAGGGAAGCAGAGUCCUAAGGGAUUAAGGCUCAGACACCUCUGAGAGCAGGUGGGCACUGGCUGGGUACGGUGCCCUCCACAGGACUCUCCCUACUGCCUGAGCAAACCUGAGGCCUCCUGGCAGACCCACCCACCCCCUGGGGCUGCUCAGCCUCAGGCACGGACAGGGCACAUGAUACCAACUGCUGCCCACUACGGCACGCCGCACCGGAGCACGGCACCGAGGGAGCUGCCACACGGUCACCUGCAAGGACGUUACGGGCCCCUCUAAAGGAUUCGUGGUGCUCAUCCCCAAGCUUCAGAGGCCCUUUGGGGUUCCACACUUCACAUGGACUGAGGUAGACCCUGCAUGAAGAUGAAAUUAUAGGGAGGACGCUCCUUCCCUCCCCUCCUAGAGGAGAGGAAAGGGAGUCAUUAACAACUAGGGGGUUGGGUAGGAUUCCUAGGUAUGGGGAAGAGUUUUGGAAGGGGAGGAAAAUGGCAAGUGUAUUUAUAUUGUAACCACAUGCAAAUAAAAAUAAUGGGACCUAGAUAA